GAUUUUGGUUUCGCCAGAUUCGCCGUAGUUUUAUCCAGCAAAUUGUGAGGUUAUGUUUUUUGUUUUGAUGGCCCGGCUCUCUAGCUAAGGAUUAGCCACGGUGAUUUUUCUCAUUUUGCAAAUUUCUUUAAAAAAAAAGUUUAACAAAAUAGUAGUCCAAAGAUUUUGAAAUGGCACAAUCAAGUAAAGAAAAUGAUUCAGAUUUUAAUUUGGUAAUUGACCUUCCGGAAGAUGACGAGCAGGAGCAGGAAUCAAAUGAUUGCCAAUCAGAGGAACAUAUUCUACCGGAUAGUCCAGAUUUAAAGCAGCUUGAAGAGUUAACUGAGUCCAUUCCGAAGUCAGCAAAGAUCCGAACGCGUAGAAAGACAAUAAGUAGUUUUAAUGAGGAUGGCAACUAUGCCAGUAGCAUCACCGAGGCGGUGAAGCUGCGCACCAGACGCAAAAGUGUCCACGUUAGAGAACUAGCGCAAGAUGAUGGGGAUUGGGUGUCAAAUGCAGCAGAACACAAGAGGAAGCUCAAGGAACGCAGAAAGAGUAUAGCAAUAUCCCGGUGCACUUCUCCGGAACCCCGUCCUGCCAAAAUCACGAGAAGGCGCAAAACCAUGUAUCCCGGGGAAAUAGUAAAUCAAUUUGAGGAUGAGGAAUUUGCAAACCCAAAACUCGAUGAUUACAUUGAUUUUUCGAACCGGAAAGUCGAGACAUCGUACCCUAAAAGUACCAGCAGAAGAAAGAGUGUACUGAAGCCGAUGGAUACUGUAGUGAAAUUCGAGAAGAUUGUCUCUUACAAGAAUCCCACGAUUCCCCAUCACUCCAAGUACAGAUUGACCAUGAAUGCAUUCAACAAGAUUACAAAUCCCAACGAGCACAUGAUGAGGCGUUUGGCUUGUCUCAAGGUUUUUCGGCAGUAUUUUCGAGAUGAACUCUCUGUUUUCACCAAGGAGAACAAAGCGAUGAAGAAGGCAAUGUGAACUUGUAAUUUUUUUUCCUCGAUUUAAUGUUAAGCAUCAUAACCUAUCAGUAUGAAUAAAAAAACAUUUUUAUAAUUACAA